AUGAAGGAGAAGAACUGGCCUGCGCUGCUCAUACUGGUCAUCAUCGCGCUGACGAUCGGUGGCAACAUCCUGGUGAUCCUGGCAGUGUCGCUGGAGAAGAAGCUCCAAAACGCCACCAACUUCUUCCUGAGGUCACUGGCUGUGGCGGACAUGCUCGUAGGCAUCCUAGUCAUGCCGAUAUCCCUCAUCAACAUCCUCUAUGACUACGCCUGGCCUCUCCCCAGCGCCCUGUGUCCGAUCUGGAUCUACCUGGACGUUCUGUUCUCCACCGCCUCCAUCAUGCACCUGUGUGCCAUCUCUCUGGACCGGUACGUCGCCAUCCGCAACCCAAUAGAGCACAGCCGCUUCAACUCCAGAACCAAAGCCAUGAUGAAGAUCGCCGCCGUCUGGACCAUUUCUAUAGGUGUGUCGAUGCCGAUCCCAGUGAUCGGCCUCCACAACGAGGACAAGGUCUUCGUCAACGGCAGCUGUGUCCUCAACGAGGAGCGCUUCAUGCUGAUUGGCUCCUUCGUGGCCUUCUUCAUCCCACUGGUCAUUAUGGUGGUGACAUACUGCCUCACCAUACAGGUGCUCCAGAGGCAGGCCACUGUCUUCCUGUACGAGGCAAAGACUUCCUCCCAGCAGCCUUUGCACACACCAGCAAUGACAAACACGCUGCAGCCUCCACCCAGCACCUUCCACAUCCCUCAGAUCAACACGCUCUCCCCUUCAAACUCACAAGAGUUGAAGCCCCCGCCUCCUCAGAGCAGACGGAACACGUUGAGCUGUCUGAAAGGAGCAGAGCCCAGCAUACUGCUCAGCGCCUCCACGCCAGACAGCAUAAGCAUCAUUCCCAGCUCGGAGGUGGCGUCUCAGCUCAGCUCUCCGGCCGCGGGGCCGGGGCGGAGCGACACGUCAGGUUGCCAUGGGCGACGGGGGAUGAUGCAGGCCAUAAAGAACGAGAGGCGGGCCUCCAAGGUCCUAGGUAUUGUCUUCUUUCUCUUCCUCAUCAUGUGGUGUCCCUUCUUCAUCACCAAUGUCACCUUCGUCCUGUGCCGGGGCUCCUGCAAUGAGUCCUUGCUUAAUGAUCUCCUCAAUGUCUUCGUCUGGGUGGGCUACAUCUCCUCUGGAGUGAACCCUCUGGUCUACACCCUCUUCAAUAAGACCUACAGGAGAGCGUUCUCCAGCUACAUCAGGUGCCAGUACAAAGUGGGGGCCAACGCAGCUGGACAGAGUUGCAAAACCCUCCUGGUCCCCCCACCGUGCCCAUCGCACGCCGUAACGCCUCUUCUCAUGGGCAGUCACGGUAAAGAUGGCAUGGACCGCAAUAGUAACUGUCGCAACGGUGGCAGGGGGGAUAACGGGAGGCUGACGGUGGACCCGGACGACAUGACUGACGACGAGACACAAAUCGGAAUAGUGUCGCAGAGCCUCUCCGAAUGCCACAACAUCGGCAUGCUUUCGGAGACGGAGCCGGAAACAGAGGUGGAGCAGGAGCUGUCACUCAUCAGCUACAGCCCCGCCUCCAGAGAACACACCAGCAGCGUGUGA